AUGCUUGAUAUGGUAUCCAAUUUUUGGAAGCUUGAUGUUGAGGUAAAGAAGAGGGAAAGGACAUCAGGGUCCUCGGGCCAGGGAGACCUGGAUAUAGCAGCUGUUGCCCUCGAUAGCGGAAUGUUCACUGAUAGCGAGCUGGUGGAUCAAAUGAUGACCUUUUUGGCCGCUGGACACGGGACCACAUCCCACGCCCUUCAGUGGGCCAUAUACACGCUCUGCAAGCAUCGGGAGAUACAGGAUCGUCUUCGAAAAGAGGUUCGUUCGCAAUUGCCAUCCGUUGCUGAUGGCGGAUCGGUUCCCUCCGCUGGUCAUCUGGAUAGCCUGCUGUAUCUGCGAGCAGUUUGUAAUGAAACUCUACGCCUCUACCCUCCUGUGCCGUCGACCAUCCGAGAAGCACUAUGUGACACAACUGUGGUUGGCUAUCAUAUUCCCAAGGGCACCGUCUUUACCAUCUCCCCGGCGGUCACAAACGUGGAUGUGGAACUCUGGGGUCCCGAUGCUGGGGACUUCAACCCUGAGCGCUGGGUGCGAGAUGGAUGUGUCAAUUCAGGAGGAGUCAGCGAUGCUUUUGGAAUCCUCACCUUUCUUCAAGGUCCACGCAACUGCAUCGGGGCCACAUUUGCCAGGGCCGAAUUGGCGUGUCUGCUUGCUGUACUUGUAGGUCGAUUCCGGAUGGAACUCGAGGACCCCAACAGGGAAGAAGAAUUGACGCAGCGGGGAGUCGGCGCUGCACCUGCAGAUGGAUUGCGUGUCAGGUUUGACAUCAUUGAAGGAUGGUAGAAAUUGAGUAGGAUCUGCUGUAUGAGCUAUGUUAUGUAGUCACUGAAA